AUGAACCUGACAUCUACAUACAAUGAAAGUGAAAAUUAUUAUUUCUAUGAUUACAAAUACAAAGAUGGUGAAGAUGUGACUCCACAAGUGAAAACUGCUAUAAAAGUGAUUUCUCAGAUCUUCUUCUAUCUGACGUUUCUCCUCGGAGUUCCAGGAAAUGUCUUUGUUCUGUACAUCGCUGGAAUGAAGAUGAAGAGGACCGUUAAUACGAUAUGGUUCCUUAAUCUAGCGAUUGCAGACCUCCUGUGCUGCUUUUCUGCACUGUUCUUUGUAAUAGGGGACUUUACUGGCAAUCACUGUCCAUAUCGAUCUGUCGUGUGCAAGAUUCUUCCAUAUGUUAUGAAUGUCAGCAUGUUUGCGAGUGUCUUCAUCUUGAGUUUGAUUAGUCUGGAUCGGUUUACACAGGUGAUCACUCCAGUUUGGGCUAAAAAUCAUCGAAGUCCGUUGCUUGCGCGACUGUCCUGUGUAGCGGCCUGGAUCCUGUCUAUGGUUGUUAAUGUGCCCUUUAUGAUGAUAAUUAUAGCGUUUGAAUUUGAUGACUUUGAAACAUAUAGAAUGUUGACUAUCAUCAGGUUUGUGUUUGGUUUUUUGAUUCCUCUCAUAUGCAUCGUCACAUGUUAUGGAUUCAUCGCACGAAAGUUAGGCAGGAGUCGUUUUCACUCUGGACGAGCAUUUCACAUCAUGUUGGCUGUUAUUGUGGCAUUUUUUCUGUGUUGGCUGCCGUACCACAUUGUGUUUUUUAUCGCGAUAUUUGGUGUGAAUGAAAGUGCCAUGAUGGCCAUUAGUCUUGUCCCAUUGGUCGUCUCUUUGGCGUAUUUCAACAGCUGUCUGAAUCCAGUUCUGUAUUUUUUCAUAGGGCAGGAUAUUAAGGAGAAGUUUAAACUUUCAUUAAAGUUAAAACAUGUUUUUGAAAGAGCUUUCUCUGAGGAGGAGACACAAAUACCACAAUCCACCGAGACACAACAAAUACAAUCAUUGUAGUUUGAUUAUAACUCAUUUCUUUAUUGUCUUUUCUGAUGAAUCAGUUUUUCUUCU